AUUAGCUUGUUCCGAAUCGGGUGAGGCACAUCGAACCCUAGUGAACCCUAGAUCGAAUUAGCUUGUACCGUACAACAUUGUGAACCAUUCUUCUUGUAAAAAUAUAUUGAUGGAGAAAUGUGGUGAUACCAGUGAGUUAACUACGUUGGCAAUGUCAAUGUCAGUUCAUGCGUUAAUGUUAGAAUCUGGAUUUGUCUUGUUCAAUCCUGGCUCUGGCUCUGAAAAGUUUAGCUUUUCAAAGGAGUUACCUUCAGUAUCCCUAAGGUAUACGCUGCCUGAGCUAGUUACCUCUAAGGAAACCAAUACAAUCGAGUACGUUACUGUGAAGUUUCAGAGCUUAGGUUAUAUGGUUGUAGUGUACGGAAUUCUAAGUGGGACUAGUCUGCAUUGGAUUGUUCUUGAUAAGCGUGGGUUUGUGCCUAUGAAGUCUGACAAAGAAGGCUCUUCGAGGAUCUACCACGAGGUAUCCAUGUUCUGGAGAAUGGUAAAAUACGGUCUUGUUAUCCCGUUGUUGAUUGGUCUUUGCGAUAAAGCUCCACCAUGUUUGAUGCGCUUACCAAGAGAGCUAAAGCUGAAGAUACUAGAGUAUCUUCCUGGAGAAAGUCUUGCAAAGUUGGCUUGCCUUUGUACAGAGUUUCGGUAUCUAACAUCAGACGAUGACUUGUGGAAACAGAAAUGGUUGAAAUAGUUGUGAUCACUCGAUCCGGUGUUACAGUUACU